UCACGAAUCCGACUUCAGACCCAUGGACCGACCUGGCUGGGAGCGCAUGUUCGCCCAGCCUGGCGUCCCCGCACCGGACGCGUCCAGCACCUCCUCAGCCUCAGAGGACCAGGAGGAAGGAGAAGAGGAGGUGCCAGAAAGAUACGAGGGCGACAUGUUUGGCUCUGAUGAUGAGUACAAAGGGUGGUUGGAUCAGAUACCAUCGCCAACGAUGCCACAGGCAUUUGGAGGCCGCACGAGUGUGGCGAGUCCGUUUAGCGCAGGGCCGCCCAGAAAUUGCCUCGGCUUUUGGGAGCGGAAUCAUCAGGCAACGUUGAGGAAGAUGGCCAUAGAUUGCGCCAAGUCGGGCUAUGUCCACAAGUUGGCCCAGAUGUUCCGGGAGCACGACCCAGCAGUGUUUUUGCUGCCUCCGAAAGAGGAUGUCGGUCCUCAUCCAUCGCUGCACACUGCAGUCCAGGCCAGCGGCUGUGCAGCAGCCAUUGAUUUGGUGGAGGAGGCGUUUUCCGCACUGCUUUUCAAGCAGCUGCGCGCCAUCACGAACGGCCAGGUGGAUGUGGAGGAGAAUAACGUGCAGCAGAUUCUCCAAGCUGGGGCAAAUCUAAGCCGGCCCCACGGGAGCGACGGCCUGUUGCCCCUGCAGGAGCUCUGCAGCUUGUCCAUGCAGGGCGAGCUCCAGCUCCGGCCGCUGGUGGCGCGGCGGGUGGCUCAGGCGGCGGCGCAGCUGGUGCAGGCGGCGCCGCUGGCGCUGAUCUUAGCCUGGGGCGACCAGGACCCCAAGCUGCCGCUGGAGGCGGCGGCUCUGAAUCGGGACUUUGGGGAGGAGCUGGUGCCGGUGCUGAGCGCUGCCGUUGGGCGCCUGCUGCUGCAGCGCCCCGCGCUUUGCGCGGCCCCGCUGCUGCGGAAGGCCCAGGAGGCCGCGUUGGCACGGUGUCCGGAGAGCUUGGCGGUGCAGCAGCUGGCCUCCCUGAUCUGCUCCGCGGCGCCGUGUCUGGACGGCGUCUCGGCCGCGACCGCCGCGACCCGGAAGCGCGCCAUCUGGGAGCCCAACUGCGCCUUUGAGAGCUGGAGCCAACGGGAGAAGCGCCUCAGGAUCCUGGAGCCUUUGAUCGCGGAGGUGGGCAAGGCGGACGUGCGGGUGGAGCGGGCGGAAGCGAUGGCGAAGCUGGGGGAGAUGGAACAGCUGCUGGAGCUGAAGAGGCGUCAGCACGGGGAGCAGAUCGCACAGCUCCAGCUGCAGCUGGACAAGGCCCAGCGGGCCGCAGAAGAGGCCAGCGCGCGUGCGCGGGUGGCACAGAUGGCAGCAGCACAGGCAGCAGGAGGCACCACUGGCGACAGCUUCGGCGGAGCCGGCGACAGCUUCGGCGGCCUCGGCGGAGAGGCGGCGCAAGCGGCUGGGGACUCGCCGGGUGAGCUGCUGCGCAAUAUCCGGCAGCAGAGAGGCCAUGGGGCUCAGCCGAAUCGGAGCCCUCGCAGCCGAACCGUCGGAGGUUUGGACCUGGACUACGACUCGGUGCCCGCGAAGGUGCGGCAGAGCGCCCUGGCGCUGCAGCGCUCCGUGGGGGCCGCGGUGGAGCGCUUGGCGGUGGACCUGUAUGCCUCGCGGGGGCACUUCCUGCUGGAGUUGAUCCAGAAUGCGGAUGACAACCGCUACAGGGCAGAUGUGGAGCCGCAAAUCUCCAUGCACCUGAAUCACGGCCAGGACCGAUCCCUUUUCUUUGCAGCAGUCAACAAUGAGUUGGGCAUGACCAGCAAAGAUGUGGAGGCGCUUUGUGACAUCAACAGGUCCACCAAACCAUCACAGGAGGGCAAGAUCGGCAAAAAGGGUGUUGGCUGGAAGGCUGUCUUUGCGGUCAGCGACCAACCAACCGUCCUUUCCGGAGCUUUCCGCUUCUGCUUCGACGUCCGGCAUCGCGGGCGCUUGGGGUACGUGACACCAGAUGAGCUGAGUUUGGCGGAUGUCCAGAAGCUACCGAGCCUGUUGCAAGAGGCAAGCGCCAAUACGGCGCAGGCCGCAACGGUUCUGUAUCUUCCGCUUCGUGGGGGUCCGCCGACUGAAGAUGGUUCUUCACGCUCUUCCGGCACAGGAGACAGAGGCCUGGAGGCCGCGGCUUUGAUCCGGAGCUCCGUACAGCGAUUGCUGGCGUGCCCUACCUGGCUACUUUUCCUGCGGCAAUUGCGCCGCGUGGCCUGGCAGGAUGCGACAGGGCAUUCUGAUUCAAGGUUUCAAAACGUCUCGGUGGAACGGCGCGGUGACUCCCUGCUCAUCCGAUCCCACAGCGAAGGUGCUACACAGCUGUUGGAGGAGAUCAACUAUUUUGUGCACCGCAAAAAGGCAGACGUGCCAAAGGAGCUGCUGCCUGCUGGAGUCGACGAAAAGAGGCAAGAGGAGGUGGUCAUUGCUUUCAGGAAGGAGAUGGAAGUGAAGGAGAAGUCGGAAGCAGACCCGGUCUUCUGCUUCCUGCCAGUGCGAGCGGUGGGCUUCCGCUUCUCCUUGCAGGCGCCCUGGGCUCUGACCUCCAAUCGGGAGGACUUCCACCUGGAGGACCCGCGGAACGUGUGGCUCCGCGCCGUGGCGGCGGAGGCGCUGGCAGAGGCCAUCACGGCGAGCCGGCGGAGCAACGUGCUGAGCUUGCUGGACGCCCGGCAGGUGCUGGAGCCCUUCUGGCGGCGCCUGCUCGAAGACGCGGUGAAGUCACUGGGAGACGCGCCCGUGGUGCCGGUGGUGGGGGAGAAUCAAUUGUAUCGUCCCUCGGAGGUUCUGGUGCCUCCACAGGCGCUGGUGCGGUGCCCGGGCGCCAUGCGUUUUUUGCAGAGCCUGGCGCCGGGGCUUUGGCCGUUGGCCACGGGCAAGCGCUUGGCCUCGGUGGAGGCGGGCGAGGGCACCGAGGUGGCGGAGGAAAACGCCAGGCGCCUGCUGUCGCUGAAGGCAGAGCCUUUGACGGGCCGCAAGAUGAAGCUCCUGGUGAACUGCGCCUCCAGAGAGCUGCAGCAGAGCUGUCGCGCCGCUCGGGCCUCCAAUCUGCUGUCGCAGCUGCUGGAGCUGCUGAACGCCUUGCUGCAGGCAGCCUCGCAGCCCGAGGGAGAGAUCCCUGCCUUUUUCAAGGCCAAAGAGGGCGAAGGGCCAGAAAGGCUGGUAGACCUGGUGGCGGAACUGCAGCAGAUCAAGGUGAUUCCUUUGGAUAUGGGCCAUACUCAAGAACCGGUGAUGACUAGCCUCGCCGAGGGUGACGUUUUCCUUCCAAGCCCCGGCGCAGGAUCCUGGUGUCCAGGCCUGGACAAGGCGACUGCAUCAGCGCUGCUCCCCCACAAGGGCAUCCGGGUCUUCGACGCCCAAGCCUGGCGAAUGCUGCCAACGAGCAGCCAGGGGCUGCUGAGGCAGCUGGGCAUCCGCGAGGCGACGCUCAUGGAGGCAGCUGCGACAGUUGUCCGCGUCCAUGCAUUGCAGCUGGAUGAAAGUGCGCGGCUGGCGGAAUUCAGUAGCAGCUUCGCAAAGCCCGGCAGCGAAGCUGCCGCAGAAGCGGAGGCAGAGCUUCAGGUGAUGUGGGCAGGGCUCGAGGCAGUGCGCUCAGCACGAGAAAGCUGCCUGACUUCUUCAGGCAUGCCAGUUGCGCAGGCCGAGUCCAAGCUGAAUCCUGCAGAGUGCUGCGCUCCGAUCUUUGGGCCUGAGAAGUCGCCUUUGCAGCUGGGUGCGGCUGCCUUGGGAAGCGUCCUUUGGCUGGCGACCAGAUCUGUGGAGGGGAGCCUCUUGCUGCGCCGGGCGCCCGCGCUUUCGCGGCCCUCCUUCCUAGGCGUCGCUGUGGAGUCGCCGGAUCUUGCAGCCAAUGAGGAGGACAUCCAGGAGCAAGUCCCUGGAGAGUCGCCCGGUUUGAGGCCAGCGCCCUCCAAACCUCCAGUGGCAAUGCCAGCUCCAUCAAGCACCAGCGCACAGGACAGCUUCGAGAAUGCCCUCAGGUGGGAGGCCUUUUUGGCUGACCUCACGACUGUCCAGCCGGCCUACGGCACCAUCCCGCUGGGCCCAGUGGCGGAACGCUUGGUGUGCAGGCAGUUCUGGGAGGGGCUGGCAAAGUCGGCGGACCUGCGGAGGCACGCCUGUCGCCUCUUCCGGGAGAACGAAAGCUGGCUUCCCGACCUGGAGGUGCCAGUGCCGGCUGGGCAGCCAGGCCCCGGCCCCCGGAUUUCGAGCUACUUCCGGCGGGGCGACUUCGAGCCCGUGGUGGGUGAAGCUGGUCUUCCGUACAUUGAUGCCCCGGAUGUUUGCAAGCCGCUCCUGGAGAUGCUCAGGAUUCGCUGCACUGCUGACUUCGAGAGCCUUGCGGUGGCGCUCAGCUGCUGGGUUGCCAAGGAGCCGCCACCGAUGUGUGCACCAAAGGGGCUGAUGCAUGCAUUGCUGAGCCGCGCAAUCAGCGAAAGGCCAGCAGCCUCCUUGUUGAUGAACUUGAAGUCAAAGAUCUUCCUUCCUGGAAAGGGUCCCAUUGAAGCGCAUCAGGCCAUUUGGUCUGCAGGGGACUCGGACUUUGUCCGACGAGCCUGCGAUCUGGCGGAUGCGCCCGUUCUUCAGGAUAUCUACGGGGAGGCUUUGAAAUGCUGGUUCUGCGACUUUCUGAAUGUGCGGACGUCUCCUGGAGUGUUUCAGCUGUUGCAGGUGCUCCGGAGGCUGGUUCCAGCGCAAGCAGGAGGCACUCCGCCAUCCUCCUCAAAGCCCACCCUGUCGUUCCUGCGGCAGCUUUAUGCAGAGCUCUUCUUCCAGCUGCAAGAAGGUCUUCGAGCUUCAGAGGUCUUGGAGCAGAAGCGUCGGCGGCUUUCCGUUAGUGCGACAGAAGGUGACUCAUUGCCUGCCCACGUCGCGCGGAUCUUCAAAGACAGCAGGUUCAUCAUCCUUCCGCAGGCCAGAGGAAGGCCAUGGAAGUUCCUGACGUCUGGGACGGCCUAUUGGUGCGUGGAUCCAGCGCUUGCUGAUUUGCCGUGCAGCAAAUUUGCUCUCAGCAACUUCUAUGACGUCAAGGUGAGGCCUUCUGGAAGCGAUGAAGGGGCCCAAGCCGAAGCUGACCUCAAGGCCUUCUUUGUGGAGGUGCUUGGAAUCACUGACUGCCUCACCCACGAGGAGCUCGCUCAACGAUUCUCGCAAGAGAGGUCCAGGCCAGCCGCGGCCCCGAACGCGGCUUCGCGCACGGUUCAAAGGCGCGAAGCGAGAGCAAGCCAGGAUGCUGGUAGCUCCGGUGAGGAUGACAGUGAUGACAGCGGCAGCGACUCAGAGGACGACGGCGCUCUGGGUGCGCAGGACCUGUUGGGCGAAGAUGGUUUGCUCAGCAUCCUGCCUCCUGACAGCGCCCGCGCUGGAGGAAGACAAGAAGGAAGUGGCCGCAGGACAGAGCGGACAGGCGUCGCAUCCUCGGACGUGGACGAUGCCUCGUUGAGGAGCUUGCUUUCGCGUUGCUGUCAGCGAACUCGGGCAGCUCAAGCUGGCGAGGCAAUGUACACGGGCGCGUCGAGCGGCCAGAAGACUGCUGGGACAGCAGAGGUGGGGCUACGGCGGGUCCUUUGGAGCCAGGAGGAUGUGAGCCUCUAUGCCUGCGGGCCUUCGGACUUUUUGGCCUCUCCUCAGGCCCUGCAGGAGGUUGGCCUUGCCCUGGCGAAGCGGCAGGCAUCAGUGCCCAAGGGUAGCCUUCUGGCCUCAGAGGGCCUGGCGCGCCGGGCGGCGGACUUCGCGGAGGCGGUGCUGAGACCAUUGGCGCGAUUCUUCCAGGUGCCCUUGAACAGCCUGGCUGUGGCAGUGGGGCCGAGCAUCGGGCGCGGCCGAAACGUGCACGGCCUGAUUUGCUUCAGCCUGCCAGAUGGAGACCAAAGGUCAAACUUGUGCCUGUGGUUCUGCGAAAUGUGCCGGCUGCUCGCUUCCAAUGCCGCAGGAGAAGACUUCUCCAUGGGAGAGGUGGCUUCAGCUUUGACAGCUCAGCACAUGAAGCAGUUCUUGCAGUUCCAGGCUACGGCUCGGAGACGGCGAAGAUGAAAAUGUGCGUAUGCGCAGUGGCGCGAUAGUGACGGGGAAAUGUAGGAUUGAGAAGGAUUUGCAAGCAGUGAUUGCGCUUCAAGAGCAGUGUCGGUAUUGGUUCCCCU